AUUUCUACACCAGGAGAGCAGAGAGUUUGAUCGACCGAUUGCUUGUCUUCCAUAAACACGACGAAACCCUACCAGAAAUUUCAAUUAACGAUACACAAAAUAUCCAAUACUACCUCCUGUCUCCAAAUUAGGGUUUAGGGUUUUCACUUCGAAUCAUUCACUCCUUUCUCCAUAAAAGCGGCAUCGUUUCAUCUCCUAUAAUCUAUGGCGAUGGAGUUAGCUAUCAACACAGAUAGAACCCAGAAAUUUAUCGAUGACCUUGAGGCCCAAAGGACGAUUCUGUCCUCCUGCACCCAACUAUUUACAGCCCUCACAAAUAACUUCACUUCUCUCCAGAAUUCCUUAUCUGAGAAAUCCCAAUUCCUCGAUUCCAAAUUCCAAUCCUUAGAAUCGAAUUCACAGCAAAAUCUUGAAUCCCUUUCUCAGAGGGAAACCUCCAUUCCUGAACGCGAGUCCGCCGCUGCAGCCAAAGUCGAGGAGCAAAAGGGGAAUGCUUUGGCGGAGUUUGAAAAUCCCAAAAAAUUCGACAAGUUGUCGGAUUGGUUAAAGUCGAUUUGUCGAAAGAUGGAUUCUUCUGGGUUGUUAAAGUUCAUAAUUUCCAAACGGAAGGAAUCAGUGUCUUUACGCGCGGAGAUUUCCCCUGCGAUAAUGGAGGCGGUGGAUCCUGCGAGGUUGGUUUUGGAUGCCGUAGAUGAGUUUGUUAGUAAUAAAAUUGAGAAAGUUGGGGUUACUGACAAGCGGUGGGCCUGCGGGAUGCUGUUGCAGGCGCUUUUUCCGGAGAGUAGUUACUUUGGCGGGAAACAUAAAGGGCCAGAAUUUGCGGGGACCGUGGUGGAGAGGGCAGGAAAAAUUUUGGAAAGAUGGAAGGAGGAGCAGGUUGACGGGAAGGAAGGAGGUGGCAGUGGUAGUGGCGGAGGUGGAGUGGUGGGACCUGCGGAGGCAGUCAUGUUCUUGCAGAUGGUGCUGGGAUUUGGGUUGAAGUCGAGAUUUGACGAGGAGUUCUUGAGGAAGCUUGUGAUGGAGAAUGCAGCGAGGAGGGAUAUGGCAAAGCUUGCAGUGGCCAUUGGCUUUGGAGAGAAAAUGGAAGAAAUGAUAGAUGAAUUGGUAAAAAAUGGGAAGGAGAUAGAGGCUGCGUAUUUUGCUUCUGAAUCAGGUUUGACUGAAAAGUUUCCUCCUGUUUCUUUGCUCAAGUCACACAUUAAGAACUCCAAGAAGAAUACAGCCAAUAUAUUGAAGAAUGGCAAUUUUAGCCCAGCUGCAAUGGAGGAGUCAAAUGCAGCGGAGCUGAAUUCUAUUAAAGCUGUCAUCAAAUGCGUUGAAGACCACAAGCUUGAAUUGGACUUUCCUCUUGAUAGCUUGAGGAAGCGGGCUACACGGCUGGAAAAAACCAAGGCUGAAAGAAAGAAAAGUUCAGCAGCAGCAGCUGCCAAGUCUCAGAGUAAACGAGGCCAUGGUGCUAUUAGUGGACCUAGUGGCCGAGGAAAUAGGCCACCUGCUUUUCAUCCUUCCAAAGCCCCUAAAUUUUCUAAUGCCUAUUCCCCUUUUGGCCGCCGGAAUCCUGCUCCACUAUCCCAGCAUAGCCCAGUUGCGAGAUAUUCAGGACCAUAUGAUUACUCUAGCCAGGGUGGCUAUGAAAGCCACUCAGGUGCUGGUGCUCCUUAUGCAGCAACUUAUGGUGGUUCCCACAGUCAAAGCCCUGCUGCAAUUCCUCAACAACACUAUCCACUUCCUGUGGAGAAUGCAGGCGGUGCUGCUUUCCGUGCAAGUGGUUCAUAUGGGGGACAGGCCAAUUAUGGUUCAUAUGACUAUGGAACUGCUGCACCACCUCCUACGUAUCAGACUUCAUCAUACACACAGUAGAGAGGAAUGCGGUAAUAAGAUGACUAGCGAUUCUUUUUCCAAAAUCGGAUUCAGUGCCUUUAUUAUAGAUAUCCCAUUCCCUCAUUGAUCGGAGAAGAUGCAGAUCCCGGUUAGUCUCUUUUACUUUGCCUGGAAGCGGAUGGUGGACCUGAUUUCCUUCGUUAAUUUGUUGCCACAGGCACUCAACUUUCAUGUUUUGGUUUUCAGCAUGGUUGUAGUCUGUUUAGAAUACUUGUGCAUCCUGUCCAUUUGGCAUUGUAUGAAAGAAGGGCAGUGAUAUACUCUUGAGGAGUGACUGUUUUCUCCUAUACGCACAACUCAUCCUUUUCAUACAUACGCAAACAAAACAUUCUAAACAAACCAUUCCUCUAGGAUUACAAAUUUAAUCCAAUUUUAUUUUCAAUCAA